CGGAAAUUCUUGAUGUCGCCCGAGGUGUUCCGAUUGUCCCAGAACCUGUCUAAAUUAUUUCCGUGUUUUUCCUCUGUCUAUCUGGAAAAAUAUACGACUACAAACAGGAAUCUGUGCUGGAUACAAACCAUAAUUCCAGUGACCAGAUAAUGAAGUGUUACAGAACAGCAGGGUAGAGCAAAAUGAAUGAAGAUUACAAACCAAGAAUCUUUCAACAAGAGAGUAGCUUAAUGACUCUAGAUGAUACAGAUGGGUCUGAUGCUGACACUAGAAAUUGUUCCAGUAAUAUUCUUGAAAACUUUCCAUACCUGAAAAAUGAUGGACUUGGUCAGAUUCAAGCACAACAGUCAACAGGACAGAAUUCAAGGAAUAAUUUUGCACAAAUUAAUGUAGAAACAACAGGAGAAACGGUCCAUAGUGGAAAAGUUGACAAAGCUAUAAAGGAUGAGAGUUGCAGCAGUACACAAAGCUAUCUAGCACAUGAUGACUCAGCAAUAAGUAUGUCCUCAAAAUGUAAUGUACAAUUUGUACUAAAAGGUAAAUUGGGGCACAAUAUGGAUACAAUUGUUAAGUCUUUUAAACAAAUGUUGAUUGAACCCAUUGAUGUGGAGGAGAGGUUAAUAGUGGACUAUGUUUACAAUUAUUCAAGAGAAAUAAAAACAGAGCCAAUUGAUGAACCUACUGUCUCAACAUCAAGUUCACAAAAAAUAUCAGGGUUGGUUCCAUCUUUAAAGCCAUGUUUUCCAACACCUUCCCAGACAUUUCAUGAAGAUACAUUUGAAUCUUCUUCAUCAGUUAAAGGAAUUACUUCUCAAUCUAAUACAGAUGCUGAGUAUACUGUUAUAGAUGCCAAAGACAUGAGAGAAGUCAAAGAUGGUGAAGAAAAACCUGUAAGAUAUACUGAGCCAAGUAUUGCAGACAUUAGAGCAAAUCUUCUCGGUUCUUUCCAGUGCUCACAGAGCUUGUCCAAUCUCAAUGCUGAGUCUGAUAUUACUGAAAAGGAAAUGGAUGAAAUAGAAGUUAAAGAGGAGAAACAGGAUGAAGGUUGGUAUGAUACAUCGCUUAAAAAAAUUGCUAGCAAUAGAAGAAAAUCUGAGGAAUUUGUUACAAAUACUCCAUCUGCAAAUAAAGGUGGUCGAAGUGAUCCAGUAAAUCCUUUCGCUCUAACAUCACCAAGUUUUAAUGAUUCAACUGCAAAAGCAUUAAUGACAACAACACAAACUUCAACAGCAACCAUUAUUAUGAUCUCCAUUAUGAGCAUUGGAAGCAGAGCAAAAAUUCUUCCAAAGAUUGUUAAUUCAAAAGCAGCAGAAGGUGGUCUUAUUUCUAUAGUAAAUCCAAUUGAACCACCUUUUGACAAGUCCACACAGUUGAACAAUGAUGAACAAAUUUCAUCAGAAAGAACAUCCAUUAUGUCUAAACUUCGGAGGGAAAAAUCUAUGUCCAGUGAUGAUGGUAAAGCUGCAUUUAUGAAUAUUGACAGACUGGAUGUUAACAUCAAGAUUGAUGAUGACCAGUAUGUAGGUCAUGGCGAGAAUAAACGAUGGCUUUGUAAGAUCUGUCCAAAGUCCUACACAACAAAACACAACUUGGUUGCCCAUAUUUUAGAUCAUGGAGAUAUAAAACCCCAUUUGUGUCUUGUAUGUGAGAAAUACUUCAAACAACUGAGUCAUCUAAAUACACAUAUGUUGACACAUGACAAUGUUAAACCAUAUGUAUGUACAUUAUGUGAUAAAGGGUUUACACAAAUCAGUCACUUGAAGAGGCAUGAGACAGUGCACAUGGGAAGUAAACCUUAUGUGUGUGACAUUUGUAACAGAGGAUUUGCAUUUCCCAGCGAACUACGUAUACAUAAGGACAAGCAUGUGUCUGGAAGUGAGAAAUGUACGGACUGUGAUAAGGAGUUUUAUUAUGUUGCUACUUGUAAUUUGUAUAUGUAUUUUUACAUUUUAUUUUUUAAGGAACAUCAUCUGAAGUCUCAUCAGUUUACACAUACUGGUCUACGCCCGUAUGCUUGCCCGGAUUGUGGCCGAUCUUUUAACCAAAAAGCGAACAUGCAGCGUCACAUGUUAAUUCAUAAUGCUGAGAGGGCAUAUAUGUGUGAAGUAUGUAGUAAAACUUUCACACAGCCACAAACACUGAAAGCUCAUAUGGUAGUCCACUCCAACACAAAGCCAUACAUAUGUAAAUUAUGUGGUAAACAGUUUGGACGUCAGCAUAAUUUACAGGGCCACAUGCACAUGCAUAGUGACAGUAAACCUUACACAUGCUCUAUCUGUCAAGCCUGCUUCACACUUAAAGGUAAUCUGAAUCGUCAUAAAAAAGUCAAACAUAAUCUUGAUGAAUCAACUGAGGUUAUGGAGGAGGAUGCAGUAAACUUUCUCAGUACAAUAUCUGAUCGAGCACGGGAAAACUUUUUCUCUCAGAGUGACCAAGAGAUUGACCAAGACUCCCAGGAUGGUCAAUCUUCACCAGAAUCAAGGUCCAAUAAGAAAGGUCGGAAAUCAGUGCCCAGGAAACGUUUCAGUUCCCAGUUAAGUGAUGCUGAUGUUGACAAAGAUAUUGAAAGUGAUACUGAAAUUGAAGAGCUAAUAACAUACAGUGACGAGGAACGAGAGAAUGAUAGAACUAAUGAAUUGAAAUCGAAAUACUUUAAUGUUGAUUCGUCGAAGAAGGAAAGUACAAGAUCUACAAGAAAAACAGUUGUUGCUGCUGCUGCUGAUGAUGAUGUAAAGGGAGAUGGAAGUACGGACAAAAACUCUCCGGAAUUCCAGCAAAAUGACAUAGACACAAGUAUAAGAAACACCAUGUCAGAGGUUAGAUCUACACGGAAAAGGAAGAAAAAAUUUUAUGGUGAUGAUUUUACAGAAACUGGUUUAGAUGUUGAAUCACCGUCCAGGUCACAGAGGAAGAAGACAAAACUUGAUAAAAUAAUAGCCUCAAAAUUCAGUACAUAGAAUGCAUAGACUAGUUGUAAUAGUUUUGAUUUGGUCUUAAAGGGAGACCCAGGCAAAAUUUUCAUUUCUUAGUUUUGAAUUUUUCAUUCACUAUUCUGUAAAUGCCCUAAAAAUGAAUACAUUAGUCAGUCAAAAGAACAAAACUUUUCUCCAUAUAAAUAAUAAAAUGAUGGUUUCCUAACUUGACCCACAUGGGCAUGAAGCCCUAGGACUUCACAAUAGUUGUCACAGUGAACACUGGAAACGUUAAAGAACAUGUCAAAUGAAUGACUUAGACUUGUUUCAGUCAUACAAUAUCCACAAUAUCUGUUAUUGUACAUUCAAGGGUUUGUUCAAGUCACAUGACUUGUUUUAGAACUAUUCAGUGAUUCAAUUGGCGUCUAAAUUUUGUUCAACAUAUAUAGAUAUAUUUACGCUUCAAACCCAAAAUAUAUAGAAUUUAAACAGAAAUUCAAGAUGGAAUUUGAGCUUAUCUUUGUGCGGGAACUCCUAACCACAUUUUCCGUAUGUAUUGGCUAACACACCAUCGUGUGGUCUACUUCGUUAAUUCGAUUGGUUCUUCGGACCAGAUUUCCCAUGACCUCCAGAAUUUGCAUACGACUCUCUACUGUUCCCACGGCCAUGAGACAUCGGCACAUGUCCACCUGUUCUUCUAUUUAACUUUGAAACCUUGUGUACAGAUCUUGAAUUUUCAGAAUUUUCCAUUGCGGAUGCUUGCAUAUCCGAUUGUUCAAGCAUACGUCCCAUUGUAAUAAUGUCAUCGAGUUUUUUUAUCUGGUUCACAUAACGCUCUUCUUCUAAGCUGAUUUGAGCUGCCAUGUUGUAUCACUUGUUGUAAAAUUUCAUUGUGCACAGAUCUUAGCCAAAGUUCUUAAUUCAGUCACAUAUUCAUCGAGCGUUUGUCCUUCUAAUUGCUUGUAUGAUCUAAAGUUUCAAUUUGAACGUUCUUUUUGGGAGCAAAAUAGUUGCUAAGUACCUUUUUUGUUGCGUCAUAAGUCGCUGCGCUGUCCUUUUUCUUUACAUCAUAGAUGUUGUACACUUUUUCUCCAGCGUAAUGUAGUAAUAAUGCUCUUCUCUGGUCAGUGUUUGUUAUUUUCAUCUCCACAAAUAAAUUUUGGAGGCGCCCAAUCCAUUUCUCCCAACGCGUGCCUGCAUUGGAUUUAUCUGUUUCAAGAUCAAAACUUGGACAUGCUGGUAAAUUGUUCAUGGUUAACGUCUUAAUCCAUCAAUUAACACAUGAAAAAUAUAUCCAAAUAUUAUAUAAGUAAUUCCUUUUUGUUUGUUUUUAUCCUUGACGCCAGAAUGAUAAGUCCUAAUGGUGGAUAUUAAUUGAUAACAAGUAUGUAUCUGUUUGAAUCGUGUUUACUAAGGUUACAUUUUUUUCCGGAAGUCCCAGUCUCAUAUUACAUACAACAUACAUAUAUACUAUGGUGGUCUCACAUACAUUAUAACAUUAGUCUAUAGGACAUCACAUCAGCUUUGUCAGAAUUUUCAUGAUAGUGGUCACUCAGCAAGUUCAAAUGCAUUGAACAUGUAAUGCUUCUGAGGGAUCACUUUUUAGCUCACCUGUCACAAAGUGACAGGGUGAGCUUUUGUGAUCGCUUUUCGUCCGUCCGUCGUCCGUCCGUAAACUUUUGCUUUAAAUGACAUCUCCUCAUAAACCACUGAGCCAAUUUCAUCCAAACUUCACAGGAAUGUUCCUUUGGUGGUCACCUUUAAAAAUUGUUCAAAGAAUUUAAUUCCAUGCAAAACUCUGGUUGCCAUGGCAACCGAAAGAAAAAUCUUUAAAUAUCUUCUUUUAAACAACCCUAAGAGCUAGAGCUUAGAUAUUUGGCAUGAAACAUCUUCUAGUGAGUGUCUACCAACUUUGUUCAAAUAAAAGCCCUGGGGUCAAAAUUGGCCCCGCCCCAGGGGGUCAUAGAUUUUCCCUAUAUGCAUAUAGUAAAAACUUAAAAAAUCUUCUUUUAAAGAACCCAAAGAGCUAGAGCUAAGAUAUUAAGCAUGAAGCUUCUUCUAGUGAGUGUCUACCAAGUUUGUUCAAAUAAAAGCCCUGGGGUCAAAAUUGGCCCCGCCCCGGGGGUCAUAGAUUUUCCCUAUAUGCAUAUAGUAAAAACUUAAAAAAAUCUUCUUUUAAAGAACCGUAAGAGCUAGAGCUUAGAAAUUUGGCAUGAAACAUCUUCUAGUGAAUGUCUACCAAGUUUGUUCAAAUAAAAGCCCUGGGGUCAAAAUUGGCCCCGCCCCAGGGGGUCAUUGAUUUUCCCUAUAUGCAUAUAGUAAAAACUUAAAAAAAUCUUCUUUUAAAGAACCCAAAGAGCUAGAGCUAAGAUAUUUGGCAUGAAAACAUCUUCUAGUGAGUGUCUACCAAGUUUGUUCAAAUUAAAGCCCUGGGGUCAAAAUUGGCCCCGCCUCGGGGGGUCAUUGAUUUUCCCUAUAUGCAUAAAGUAAAAACUUAAAAAAAUCUUCUUUUAAAGAACCAUAUGAGCUAGAGCUUAGAUAUUUGGCAUGAAAUGUCUUCUAGUGAAUGUCUACCAAGUUUGUUCAAAUAAAAGCCCUGGGGUCAAAAUUGACCCCGCCCCAGGGGGUCAUAGAUUUUCCCUAUAUGCAUAUAGUAAAAACUUAAAAAAUCUUCUUUUAAAGAACCCAAAGAGCUAGAGCUAAGAUAUUUAGCAUGAAACAUUUUCUAAUGAGUGUCUACCAAGUUUGUUCAAAUAAAAGCCCUGGGGUCAAAACUGGCCCCGCCCGGGGGGGUCAUUGAUUUUCCUUAUAUGUGUAUAGCAAAAACUUAAAAAUCUUCUUUGAAAAAACCCAAAUAGCUAGAGUUUAGAUAUUAAACAUGAAACAUCUUUAAGUAAAUAUCUACAAAGUUUGUUCAAAUAAAAGCCCGGGGGUCAAAACUGGCCCUGCCCCAGGGGUGUCAUUGUUUUUAACCAUAUGUGUAUAGUAAAAACUUUAAAAUCUUCUUUUAAAAAACCCAAUGAGCUAGAACUUAGAUGUUUAGCAUGAAACAUCUUCUUAUGGGUGUCUACCAAGUCUGUUCAAAUAAACAAAUAAAAGCCCUUGGGUAAAAAUUGGCCUGGGGGUGGGGGGGGGGGGCCUAUAUACAGGUGAGCGACCUCAGGGCCAUCAUGGCCCUCUUGUUUCAAGAUAUUUAUACAUCACAACAGCAGGUGUAAAGUGCUAAAAUGUUGCUCCGUAUUUCACUUCAGUGUUGUUAUAUUUUUCUGGUCCUUCUGGAUCAUUGAUGCCAGCACUAUCAUGUGUUGACGAUUGAGUGUUGCUCAAGCCGGUGCUAGGGGGCGCAAGGGUGUUGCACUUUUCCAUUUAACCACAUGUACAAACUCGAUCAAACCAAGUCUGCAAUUCUCAUGUAAUUUUGCUGUUUUUAAUGCUUCUUAGACCAUAAAUAAUUAGGUUGAUAGUAUAUAGUAUGAUACACGACAACCAUUCAAAAACUUUAUAUAACAGGUAUCAUUGGCAAGAGUGAGGUACAUGAUCUGAUAUUACACAUCUUAAUUCUAUGUAGAAUAUAGCAGAAAUAAGUUGCUUAGAACAAAAUAUUAUUCAUCAUAGAAAUGAUCAUGCUAAAUCACUGAAGUCUAUUAUUAUUUUGUAGUUUUUUCUAGAAAUAUUUCAGAAGAAUAUCCAGAUGAAACAUUUUUGUUGUUUUGGUCAAUAUUUGAAAUACAUAUUAAAAUGUU